UAACGCCAUCUACAGGCAGUUAGAGAAAAAUUGGAUUAUACAUCAUCGUAGUGUCAUGGCGACAGAUAUCCCUCAUCAACCAUUUGAUGCGACGAAACGUCUUCAAACAAAGAAACAAACUUUAGACGAUGCUUACGCCGCGCCGGCUAACUUUCUCGAGAUUGACGUAGGAAGCCCUAUAACACACGGAUUAGCCAGAAAGAGAUAUACCGAUUACGAAGUGCACAUGAGAACAAAUCUUCCAGUGUUUAAGUUGAAAGAAUCAACAGCAAGAAGACGUUACAGUGAUUUUGAAUGGUUAAGAAAUGAAUUGGAAAGGGACAGCAAAAUUGUAGUUCCACCUUUGCCAGGAAAGGCAUGGAAACGACAGUUACCAUUCAGAUCGGAUGAUGGAAUUUUUGAUGAAGAGUUUAUUGAAGAGAGGAGAAAAGGGCUUGAAUUAUUUAUAAAUAAGGUUGCGGGUCAUCCUUUAGCACAGAACGAGAGGUGUCUUCACAUGUUUCUCCAAGAACCUGUCAUAGACAAAAAUUAUGUACCAGGAAAAAUCAGGAAUACGUGAUUUUGUUUACUUUUACUAAAUUCAGAUUUUUUGUGAUUUUUUUCCGGCAACACCAAAAAGUGAUAGUUUGUUACUCUUGAUCAUAUUUUCAUGCAACUGGUUAUUGCAGUCUGUUUCAAAAAGAAAAGAUGAAAUAGUUAUAUAUGCACUUUUUAAAAAAUUGUAUAUUAGUAUUUUAUAAUUUAUUUAGAAGUUUUUUUAAUUACUGUAUAGUUUUAUUGUAUUGUGCUUCCCU